ACACAUUCAGAUAAAAUGCAGCAGAUUUUUUUUUUCAUAUUCUUACUACUAUUGAUACCUUAGUACAACAGAAUAAUCAACUAUGGCUUUAAUUACAGUCUGCAAAUGACCAAAUGUCCAAGUGUUGGAUAGCUAAACUUUAUUUCAGAUUAGACAGAUUUACAAAAAUUGAUGGCAUGUGUAAACUUAAGAAGACAGAUUGCUUAAUUUCAAUGAAAAUAUGCUUUUACAUACUUCAAAAGUAUGCAGCAUGCAACAAGAUCACAUGACAGUAGUUUUUUUUUUGUUUCUCAUCUUCCCCUGAAUAGAUUUGUCGUUCUUUUUUUCAGCUGAAUUGUGUAUAGUAUGUAUCAAAGUAAAGGUGGAAAAACAUAAAAAAUAGCAUUUUAACGGGGGUGUGAACAGUUUUGACAUUUAGUGCAAAAAAAAAAAAAAAAAAACCAAGAAAAAAACAGCUUUAUGUUGAUUCUUUACUUUGUUUUGCUGCUUCUCCAAAGAAAAAACACAAUGCCUGUCAGAACAAUAAAAGCCCAGGCUAAUUAAAUGAGGAAUGUUAUCAGUGACUCCUUCAGGACGUGCUCGGUCAGAAAACAGGAUGACUAUGACAUCAUGAAUUGUUUAAAAAUAAAAAUAAUGAAAAAAAUUAAAAGGUCAUAUCAUUCUCAAUCUUCAUUUUAAAUUUGAGAAAACUUCGCAGAAUUUUUAGUCAGGAGCGACUAUUUUGUUGCAGCUGAAAAGAAAUGAGCUGGGAAAAAAACAUCUCCAUCUGAUCUAUUAAAAAAAAAAAGUCUCUGUUCGGUGUGUGGAGUUAAUGAGUUAUUAAAGCGGAGCUGAAACAUUUCAGUAAAGCAGAGAGAACAGUUAGUUUUAUGUUCUUCAAAGGCUCCCACUGUCCCCUAGCUCCUCCCUCUCUGUACCGUGUGACAACAACAACUCAUCCACAGAGCGGUGCUGCACUUUUCAGCUCAUUUUCCUCCUGUCAUUCCUCCUCCUAUCUUUGAUCAUUGUCCCCUCUCAGAAAAAAAAAACGAGAGAAAAAAUUCACUCAGCACGCCUUUUUUUUCGCUCUAGCUUUUUUUUUUUUUUUUUUUUUUUUUUCUACUUCCCAACUUAACUGAGGAGCUAAAACUCUGAAGGAUUCUUUCAUUUAAGGGUGUCUCGGCAGGCUGGCUUUUUUACUUUGAACUUCGGGGCUGCUUUCCUUUUUUUUUUUUUUUUUUUUCUUCCCCUUCCUCUCGUUAGGUUGACCAUGGCCGUACCGGCUGCUCUGAUCCCACCAACUCCGCUCGUCCCGCCGCCUCCGAUCUCCACUUCCUCCGCCACCACGUCCCCGCCGUCGACAACUUCGUCCCCGUCGCCGUCCCUGGUGCCGCCGACGGGACCCGGCCAGAACCUGUUCAGAUCGGAGCUCCUCGCCACCAGCAGCCCGGGCAUCCCGACCCCGACCGCGGCUCUGCCCCCGAGCAAGCCCGUCUACUCGACCCCGUCGCCCGUCGAGAACAUCCCGCAGAACAACGAGUGCAAGAUGGUCGAGCUGCGCGGCGCCAAGGUGGCAUCGUUCACCGUGGACGGCUGCGAGCUCAUCUGCCUCCCGCAGGCGUUCGACCUGUUCCUGAAGCACCUGGUCGGCGGGCUGCACACGGUCUACACCAAGCUGAAGCGGCUGGAGAUCACGCCGGUCGUGUGCAACGUGGAGCAGGUCCGCAUCCUCAGGGGGCUCGGCGCCAUCCAGCCCGGGGUGAACCGCUGCAAGCUCAUCUCCAGGAAGGACUUCGAGACGCUCUACAACGACUGCACCAACGCGAGCUCCAGACCCGGACGGCCUCCGAAGAGGACCCAGAGCGUGACGUCGCCAGAGAACCCCCACAUCAUGCCCCACUCGGUGCCUGGACUCAUGUCCCCUGGCAUGAUCCCUCCCACAGGCCUGACAGCGGCCGCGGCGGCAGCUGCCAACGCAGCCAUCGCCGAGGCCAUGAAGGUCAAGAAGAUCAAGCUGGAGGCGAUGAGCGGCUACCACGGCAACGCCAACCACCACGGGGCUGACGGAGAGAAUGGAGACCUCAGCUCCGGCGUCGGAUUCCAAUCAAAGUGGACUGCAUGGGUACAAAAUGGAAGUAGGAAGAGAGGAAAUGGCGACACGUGGGAACAAGACGGGGGCCUGGAACUCCCCUUCAUGAUGAUGCCACACCCCCUGAUCCCGGUCAGCCUGCCCCCAGCCUCUGUCACCAUGGCAAUGAGCCAGAUGAACCACCUCAGCACCAUUGCAAACAUGGCUGCCGCUGCCCAGGGCCAGAGUCUGCCUUCCAGAAUGGUCACCUCUGUUAUAAAGGGGUUGCAGGAACGUGUGCCGGACAGUCCCUCCCCUGCUCCCUCCUUAGAAGACAACAGGAGGCCCGGCAGCCACCCUUCAUCCCACCGCAGCAGCAGCGUGUCCAGCUCCCCAGCCCACACAGAAAGCUCCUCAGACAGGAUACCAGUGCACCACAACGGGCUCUCGAUGAACCAAGCCCUCCUAGGCCUGUCCCCCAACAUUGCCCCUGGGCCUAAAGAGGGAGACCUGGCCCACGACAUGAGCCAUGAAGUGAAAAGGAUGCACACUGACAAAGAAGACAACUCCAUGUGCACUCCAACAGCGAGAGACAGCUACGAGAGGUUGUCGCUGGCCGGACAGACUCUGCCUCCGGGUUUUCCGUCGCCAUUUCUCUUCCCAGACGGCCUGUCAUCGAUAGAGACUCUUCUCACCAACAUACAGGGCCUGCUCAAAGUGGCGAUUGACAAUGCUCGGGCCCAGGAGAAGCAGGUGCAGCUGGAGAAGACGGAGCUGAAGAUGGAGCUGUUUCGAGAGAGAGAGCUCAGGGAGACUCUGGAGAAGCAGCUCGCCAUGGAGCAGAAGAAUAGAGCAAUCAUCCAGAAGCGUCUGAAGAAGGAGAAGAAGGCCAAGAGGAAACUGCAAGAAGCGCUGGAGUACGAGUCGAAAAGGAGGGAGCAGGUGGAGCAGACUCUGAAGCAGCCAUCGCCCUCAGACAGCAUGCGCUCCCUCAACGACUCUCUGACCCCUGAGAUGGAGAGUGACCGCAGCAGUGGAAGAACAGAUGCUGAAAGGACAAUACAAGAUGGAAGACUGUUCCUGAAAACCGCAGUGAUGUACUGAUAAGGCCAUGAAGAGCUGGAGGACAGAAAGAUUUUAUAAAAAUAAAAUAAACAAAACAAAAGGACUAAAAGAAAAACCCAUGAAGGUUUCGGGGAAGCCCCUAACCCAGGCCGAUUUAGUUGAAGAGAGUUCAAGCUGCUCGUAGGUGGAAAUGCUGUGUUCAACCCUCACCCCCCACCCCAAACGCUGGAGGAGUCUGAAUGUUCAACGAAGAAGUCUUUUUCACCGCGGAAGGAAAACCUGAAGUAGUUUGACGAGGCAGGUUUUGACGCGGACGGGUUCGCCGACGUUGAAGGAUAAACACAUAUAACCGAGCACAGUUAAAAAAAUAAUAAUAAUAAAAAACAAAAAUGUACCCGAGGUGCAUUGUUGGUAAUAACUCCUAAUAAGUUCACAGCACUGAAGAUUUUUUUAUACUGUAUCUCAGCCAGCGAGAAAGCUUUGAAAUGAAAAUUCGACUGAAGUUUUGUUUUUGUAUUUCAAAAUAAAUCCCGAGAAGCUAAAAAGAUGGAAAAAAAAAAACAAAAAAAACAUGAACAUUGUGGAGAAAAGGGGGGAUUGAAAAAAUGUGAAUCUGUCCACGCGGUCAUCAAAAAGAAAGAAGACCGACGUUUGAUUUUCAUGUUUUCUAAAUUAGAUGAAAAUACAAUCAAGUUCCGUUUUUACCAUCGUUGUAUAUACAAGAGCGAAAUGUUAAAGAUAGGAAGACUCGCAUUCUGCUGAACCCCGAGAGGACUCGUAAGGUAUGUGUAUAUAAUGUUAAGAGGUAUUGUGUAUGCAGUAGAGCUAUUAGGCAAACAAUACCACCAUUUAUAUAAACCUUUCUUGUUUUCGUUCUAUCUCUGAGCCAUCAUCCUUUCCUAUAGCUGCCAUUUUCUGGUGAGAAAGCAUGCAGGCAUGUAAAUGUUUGUCCUGGAAUUAUGAUAUUUAAUAAAUCCUAUAUUGUGCUGAACAAAUAACCCGGGGCCGACUCGCCCAAGCCCGGACAAUUCUAAAAACCAUGAUUAACGACGUUUCGGUCUCAAAAACGAAGACUUUCGCUGUUGAUAGUACUGUAAUCUUCGUAACAGAGGUCAUGUUUCUCUGAAUUUCCUGUACAUUGUCGUCAUGAGACACUCUUAAAAUCAGCACCCCUUGUUGCUUUGUUUGGGUUUUUUUUCUUCCUUUUUUUUUCGUAAGUAUCUGGUCUGAUUAUCAUCAUGUGCCAGCUUGGAAUACAAUCAGUUAAGGACGCUACUUUUUAAAAAGCGGAUACCACUUUAUUACAUGGUGUUUAACACAUUUUUGUUUUAGUGUUUCAUGGAUAUUCUGAUGGAAAAAAAAAAGAGAAUACUUUCCUUUCCCUAAAGACUUUUGAAUUGUGGUGCUGCAACACCUGUGUAUAUUCUCUAGUCAUAAGCUGAUGUCAGUCCUUUAUCUGCUAAACAAUUUAGACCUUAUGUGUUACAAUCAAAAAGAUGAGGAGGAGGAGGAGGAGGAAGAAGAAGGGAAGCGUAUCCCAUUCACGAUGUGUUUGUUCCUUUCUGUUCUUAAUGGCGUGUCUAAGUCUGUUGUCACUGAUAACUUAUAUAGCUUCUCGAAUCAUCUCUUUCAUUGUACUUCAAAUUCAAAUAAAGUUAACAUGUUGAUGAUAAAC